AUGUCCUACUAUCAUGACCCAAGGGUCAUCUCAACAUAUCAACAAGCAUUUCCACCAUAUAACCCUCAAACCCACCCUUUCCCUUAUCCAACUCAGCCAGGUCCGUCCACCGUGUAUCAGCACAGCAUCAAAAACCAAUCAUACUAUACGCCGAAUGUUGGUCGUUAUCAUCCCUCACCGCGGCCUGGAAAAGAUCAUAAGAGCAAAGGGUACAGAUAUCUUGAAAGUCUAUCCACAUCAGUGUCCAACCUGAAUAUCAACCCAACGUACAACAACGCUUAUGAUACCUCGUACAGCCCUGAUCCAAGAGUCAGAACACAUUCCGAAACUAUCUCACCAAAUUACAAUAAACGUCUUCCUGCCCUACCGCCUUCUCCACCUUCGAAUCGAUAUGAAGCGUAUCCGUCGAUGAAUGAUGCUGGACCUUCUCAUCAGAACUUCACGCCACCACCUCUACCACCUAGACCCAUAUCUAUGCCUCUACCUGAAACCCAUCAUGACUUACCCGAAACAGUAACGGUUUACUCUGUGACAAAGCACCACCAGCGUUUAGACGGCCCCGAAUCACUAGGUAGUAACAAUGAUUCAGCUUCGAAAAGUCAGAAGGCUUCUUCCCCUCCCAAGACGUUCAGGCCGACUGUCCACCCACACUCCAAACCCCGCUUAUCCGACGAGAAUCGCCUACGACCUCCAUCACCUCAUACGCCACCACGACCUAAAUCAGAUUCUGUCAUACCUACAUCCUCGAAGAACAGAGGGAAAGGAAAAGCUACCGCCUCUUCUACCAGUACAUCCAAGAGCAAGACAAAAACGCCAACUAGGAGAAAGGAGAAAGAUAACGAUCCAGAUUGGAAUCCAAUCAUCGAUCUGACUGUUUCUUCUUCUGAGGAUGAUUCAGAAGAUCGCAAUGAGAAUAUCACUCCUCGUUCUUCCGCACGUAGGAAACGCGCCGUAUCCGAACAACCUGGUCGGACGUCCGCCCACACUAGUACACCGUCCAAUUCCGUCAGUGGUGGGGGAUCUCGUACACCUGGCACAGAUAGUACGCCAGGUGUAGUGCAAUGUUCAGGAUUCACAAGAACCGGUCAACCGUGUAAGCGAUUGGUGAAAGUGACAGCUCCUUACCUCUUAGCGAGAGAUACGAAUGUCGAGCAAGGUGGUGAUGAGAGAAGUGAAAAAGUCAUGGGCAGGUAUUGCAAAGAUCAUGCGGGCAUGAUAUGUCAGGUGGAUGGGUUUUAUUGGAGAGGUGAUGGUGACAAAGCAGGAAUAUGGAUUGAGUUCAAUGAAUUUAUUCCACCUGAUCUUGGGCAGCAGACUCAAACUCUACUAAGGAUGACAAUGGAGAGUAAGCUUACGGCCAAGGAAUCAUCCGGUUAUUUGUAUGCGUAUGAGCUUCGAGACCUCGAAACACCCUCUGUGGCUUACUUCAAAGUCGGCAGGACCGACAACGUACCUCGCCGAAUCGGUGAAUGGACAAACCAAUGCCAAUCCAAGAAACCUACCCUACGAGACAUCUUUCCUCUCCCACCAACGAAACGCAUCAAUGCCGGCUUGCAAAGAACAGGAACAUUGACGACCUCUUUCUUACCUGGAGCUACGACUCACCUGAACCCCCCUUCUAAAGCGAUGAAGCGAUGGGAACGAUUAGUCCAUCUCGAGUUAUCGGAAAGGAGUUCCUUAGGUUCAAGGGAAAGUCAAAAAGCUUUUGAUAAAAUGAGAGAGAAAUGUAAUGAUUGUGGCUCAUCUCAUAGAGAGAUUUUCCCAAUUCACAAGAAUGAUAAUCAAGAUCAAGUUUAUGAAUCGAUCGUUCUGGAAGUGAUAUGCAGAUGGGACAGAUUUAUCAGUCGUAUAACGGAAAAGUAG